GCAGAUCCCAUCACGACUUGAAUGAACCUCCACGGGAGGGUGUACGGGCGAGCAAGGUGAGUGGCCUGGGGCGACGGCGAGCUGCGCAGAGGGUGCUUGCGCUCGUGGCACCAAUGGGCUCAUGGGUCCUCCGAGCGCUCGAUGGCUCAUGGGCGAGACCGCGAGAACAGCCAGACUCCAGUACAGUGCCACUGCGAGAGCGGGCGAGUGGGUGGCUACGUGACUGCGUGACUGACUGUGUGAAUGACCAAGCGACCGGGAGUCAGGACGACAGCGUCCCAACGAAAAUGCGAUCUACGCCUUCUGGAAACCUCAAUCUGUCCUGUUGGGAUCUGUUCUGGGCUCGUCCAUCCUAUUCAAGCUUGCGCUACACUUCGCAGAGUGCAUUACCAUCACAAACAAACUCCAGUCCAGGACCGCCAUCACAGCAUAACAGGCUUUCGGAGAGUCCAUCAAGCUCGCGGUAGCCCCCUGGACUGCAGCCACCGAGAACUGGGCCUCGGUGGGAAGGUGGGAGGCAAGGUGGAAAAGCCCUCUGGGGCCGUUCCAGGUCCGUCUGCCACUGUGCGAUUCCACCAGCCAGCCCCCCAGAACGCCCGGUUCAGAUUCUCGGUUCCUCGAGGACCCUCGAGGACCCUAUGGCCCACGACUGCGUUCGAUAGCGCCGGCCUUGUGCGGCCCCAGCUUUUCCCUCGCGGCCUCGACGGCGCCCCUUGUCUCUAGCGCCCUUGAAUGCGGGGCGGAGUGAGACUGCGACCCAAUUGAGCGAGGCGUAGGAUCUUGGGUGCUCUGUAGGCUUCGGCUUGUUGUUUAGGGUGUCCCCAAGUGCCUGGGGGCCAUACAACUCUGUAUGCACUCUCCUGGCUCCUG